AUGGGGGUGGUGGUGCUGGACGGAUCGACGGUGAGGGAUUUCGUGGAGGACGAGGAGGCGUUCCAGAAGAGCGCGGACGAGCGGUUCGCGACGCUGGAUCUGAACGGGGACGGGGUGUUGUCCCGCGCCGAGCUCCGCAAGGCCUUGGAGACGUUCCGCCUGAUGGAGACGCACUUCGGAGUGGACGUCGUCACUCCGCCGGAGCAGAUCGGCGCGCUCUACGAUUCCAUCUUCGAGCAGUUCGACUGCGACGGCAACGGCACCGUCGACCGCGACGAGUUCCGCUCUGAGCUCCGCAAGAUGAUGCUCGCCAUCGCCGACGGCCUCGGCUCCUCCCCCAUCCAGAUCGCCGUCGACGACGGCGACGGCAAGAGCUUCCUCAAGGAGGCCGCCGAUCUGGAGGCCGCGAAGAUCGCCGCCGCGAUCUCUCCGCCAUAG